AUGGCGCCCGCCGCCAUCAGCAAUGUGGUUGAACCAGGAUAUGUCCCUUCAGUUGUCUCCUACGAGAAGUUGCGUCCUUACCUUCAGCCUAAUGUGCUUAGCAACAAUGGCAAAGUCGGCAUUACCGGCCAUGGCAGCGAGGUCUUGCGCUGGGUUCUAACUAAUGAAGAUCGAGAAGAAAUCGACAGAGCAAUUCAGCACUUCAAAGGCUUGUCCUUGCGCCGUUCCGCGGACUGUAUCGAUGCCAGCUCUUUUCCUCUGCCUACCCUUGGUCCGAAACUACGCGAAUUGUCACGUCGCUUGGAGGACGAGCAAGACUACUGCUUGUUGUUGGGCUUCAAGGCCGAUGAAUACAGCACGGCUGACAAUAUCAUGAUACAAGCUGGUGUUUGCUCCUAUGUGGGCAACAAGCGUGGAAUGGCAGGAGGCGAGGGCGGCGAUAAGAAUGUCGUGCAUCAUAUCACUCCUUUGCCGGCGUCUUUUGCCUCCACCGUCACUAACAAAUACCAUGGGCCCCCGAACACGACCAUGGCAAUGCCGUUCCACACCGACGCUGGCCAGAUUGUCUCGCUCUACACUAUCGUUGGCAGCAAAUCAGGGGGAAGGACUUACUUGGCCAGCACUUCCCGCAUCGUGGAGGAGAUGGCCAAACACUGUCCUGACCUCAUCCCUGUACUCGUCAGACCAUGGAGCAUCAUACCAACCAUUCCUGGUGCUGAAUGUGGGAGUGAACGCCCACUCCUGUUCUACGAUCCAAAGGGAAAGCCGAUCAUUUCAUGCUCUCGAGCACGCAUCACGGGAACCCCGUCGCAGCCUCGGCCCCGAUCGCUGCCGCCGCUUAGUGAAGAACAGAUGCUUGCCCUCGAUGCACUCCAUUAUUUCGGCCAGGCCGUGGCCACUCCUUUUGACCUUGAAACAGGGCACAUGUUGUUUUUCAACAACAUGCGCACCAUGCAUGCGCGGGACAAGAUAUUCAUGACCAAGUGGGCGGGUGGACGACGAGACAAGCAACGCCACUUGACACGCCUGAUUCUUCGCGACGAAACGAGGCCAUGGUAUGUGCCUGAGGGCUUGAGGGCGGAAAUGAGUGCUAUCUAUGACCACGAGCCAGAGGAUGAGGAAUUUCAGAUGACGAAAUCGCUAUUCAGCUGGGAGGCGUCUCAUUGA